AUGGACUCAUCCUCGAGGGCCUAUCAGAAGGCUCCGGCCUACCCUCGAGCCUCAUCUCGAACGUCCAACAGGUCGGCAUCACACGCUCGGACGGCAUCUCAGGGUGUUAGGAGUCCUGCUCCUCACUUCGCUGCACCUCAGUUUUCCGACCACCCGACACAUCGAUUCCACCAUAACCCUUGCAACAAGCCUCUGCUCUCACCUCGGUCUACUCCCAGGAACACCCCUCCGCCCAUUCGAGAGGGCAGCGUCGAACCAACCCGCACCCAAGCCGUCUCGAGCUUCCUGCAGGAGAAACUGCAGCGGGAACGCCGGGCCGAGAGCGACAAGCUGAGUCAGAGCCCCCUGUCGAGAGUCAAUGAGGAUCUCGGCGCGUCGGUCGAGCUCGGUCGUGUCAGCUCUCCCAGGAGGAGGUCAGUGGCGGCUUCAUCAGAUGGAUCGCGGCCCAAGUCGAGUGGUGGCGCCGGCAUCGAGCUCGCCAAGAAACCCGGACUGGGCGUCAAGGACAUGGAACAUGUCAUCUCCAGCCUUCACAAGCAAAACUUCGACCUGAAACUCGAACUCUACCAUCGCCGCGAAAAGCAGUCACUGCUGGAAACAACCAUCGAGUCUCUGGAGCGGGACAAGCGCCAAACAGAGGAGAUGAAUGAGACCCUGCUGGAUGAGCUCGAAAAGCGUGACAAGGCCGUCGAGGAGGCCGUUGCCAUGAUUGUCAUGCUCGAGGCAAAGGUGGAUCAGCUCGUCCAAGAACGCAACAUGGUUCUGCAAGUCGAGCAGGAGGGCUUCUUCUGUCCCCAAGACAUGGACCAGAAAUACCUACGCCCAACUCUUCAGGUCCCCAGCGACGACGCAAGCCGGAAAAGUGAGACGUUCAAGUCCAUCAACCGCGUGCCCAGCUUUCUGUCUGAAAAGAGCGAAAACACGGAGAACCUGCGCAGCGUCUAUCUCGGAGUCAAGGGCAGUGCGCUCAGCCUUGCGCGCGUCACCGAGGGAGCCCCCGAUGCGGAUAACGGCCCGUCUAACGCCCCGGGCAGUCCGACGUUGAGCGUCCUUAGCGAGAGUUCCUUUGCGAGCGUCUAUGGCAAAAAGAGCCAGGACAGCAUCUUCCCGCCGCCCGUCGACCAGCCCCUCAGCCUGGAUAGUGCCGACGCCGACUUGCAGUCUCUGUCCACGGGCCGCCGAGACGCCUCCAGGAAAAUCACCCCGUCUGGAUAUCCGCCCCGAGCGGCCAGCGCCAACCACUUUGUCGGCGGAAGCCGCUCCUCGCUGGGAACCCGCCAUUCCGUCUCGGGUGCGGUGGACCAUGUCUCGCCCCUGCAGCAGAUUGAGAAGCUGGGUAGAUCCCAGAGCGUGCUGCAGGAGGGUUUCCGUCCCGUGGCCAGCCAGGGCAGAGAUCGACGACGUUCUCAGCCACCUCCCACCUUGCGGAAGGUCAUGACCGAUGGACCCGGUAGCGUACGGCUUCACGAUCCAAACUUCCCGCCUACCCCAGACACGAUCUCGACCUCGACACUGCACCGGAUGCGCAAUUCCAAUGACUCCCUUGCCAAACAGGACAGUCGCAACGAUAGAUCUUCCGGGGUAUACAGCGACUCUGAUAGCCAGCCCCUCCAGGUCUCCUUCCGGAACAAGCCCAGCCACCUUCGCGGAGACGCAGACAAGUCGUCGAGGGGCUCCGCGCCCAUGCACCGCCAUCAACGAGCCUCCAGCGAGACCGUCUCUCAGAAGAAGGAGAACCGAUGGGACAGCACCGACUCGGACGAUCACUCCGAUGCCCGCUCGCAUCGCUCCAGUCUCGAUAUAUGGAUGCGCGAGAGUACCAACCCCAACGGAGGUGCCGCAUCGUCGGAUCUCUUUAGCCUUCCCUCAACUAAAAAGUCGCAAGGGAUUGACAAUGAUGCCGACUACAUCCAGGAGCUGUUCUCGCUGCGGCAAUCUCUCGUCACCAAUACGGCCCCGCCUCCACCAGACAGGCGGUCGAGUCUCCAUGCUCGAACAUCAUCCACUACCUCGUCCGUGCGAAACUCGCCCAGGACGCUCACUCUUACGAGCACGCCGGAAGAGCAAGAGUACUCGGGCGAUUACUCGGGCCACUCCAGGCAGCAAAGCGACAGUGUCCAGAUGAGGGCCGAAGUCCACACGCCCGCCCAGUCUCCGUCCAUUCCUCAGCACCCGCACAGCGAGAAGAGGGGCCAGUAUCCCCCAAUCACCGGACCGCGGACUGCAUUGAACAGACUGUUCCGCCGCUCCGUGGUUCCCUCGUCGCCGUCUAGCACCCCGGCGAGCGCUACAGAGGCUACCUUUGCCGAGGCCACCAAGGCCAACCAGGGCGUCAGCCUGCAGCCUUGGUUGAACAGCGACAUUGGGAGCGAGCUCGAUGACCGCGCGGGAGCUACGCCGCCGCCCAUCAUGCUCAAGCCCCGACACAUGAGGCGAAACACCAUUGGCGUUGACGCCGCACCCACCUUUAUACCCUCGUCGACCAGUGCUCCGGUGCGCCUUUCGGACUUGGUUGUCAGUGGGCGAGACUCGCCAAGCGCGAGGAAGCAGGCGGUCGAGCCGGCUCCGCCUGCGCCGUCGGUCAUUGGGACCCGGAGGAAGUGGUUGCCCGGCUUCUCAAGGGCCGGUAGCAGCCUGAGGAACAGGGCCAGCUAG